AUGGUCCGAAAACUCAAGCAUCAUGAGCAGCGGCUCCUCCGCAAGGUCGACUUCUUAACAUGGAAAUCCGACUCCAACCAUCGCGAGCACGAUGUCAUGCGCCGCUACCACAUCCAAGAUUCAGCAACAUAUCACAAGUACAACAAACUAUGCGGUUCAAUCCGACAACUAGCACAUAAGCUAGCACAGCUCCCGCCAGAGGACGAGUUCAGGAGGAAACGCGAGGAUAUGCUACUAGAAAAGCUCUUCGUAAUGGGAGUGCUGAACAGCAAAAGCAAGAUGAGCGAUGUAGAGAAUAAAGUCAGUGUGGCGGCAUUCUGCAGAAGGAGAUUACCAAUUAUUAUGACGAGAUUAAGGAUGGCGGAGAAUGUCCCGGCCGCUGUUAAAUUCAUCGAACAAGGCCACGUUAGAGUUGGUCCAGAGGUUAUAACUGAUCCGGCUUUCCUAGUUACGAGAAACUUAGAGGACUUCGUUACAUGGGUCGAUUCCUCGAAGAUCAAGCGCAGCAUCAUGAAGUACCGCGACAAGGUCGACGACUUCGAUCUGUUGUAG